AUGGAACCGGACUUAGAAACAAAACGUUUGAGAGAUGGCUUUAAGAAAACAAUAUUAAAACCACCAUAUGCAUCUUAUGCGAAUGGAAUUAGUGAAGUCAUAAAUAAAAUAAUCACAGAAGUAAUUAAGAUAAAUCAAGGUAAAAACAUUACGAAAAUCAUUAAACUGGUCACAUUUAGAUUAAACGAAAAUACUAACAGAGGAUUGUGGGUAGCCCCAAAUUCAAUUUUACGAGGAUACAACUUUUUUGAUCUAGAUCAAAAUCCAAUAACACACCAUAUUAAAGCAAAUAACGCAACAACAGUGAAUAAAUAA